CCGUGAAGAAGAAAAAUGUGAAACUGGCAACUGGAAAAGUGUGCGACGUGCCCACGUGAAACGAAGACUGAAGAUCUUCAGGCUUCAGGACUUCAGGAUAUCUUCAGUAUCUUUGCAAGACAGUAUUUUUUUCUGUGUUAAAAGACUCCGCUUGAACAGUGUUGUUUUAAAUCAAAAUGGGCAAGAAGAAAGGCUUGUCAGACAAAGUCCGCAACAGACAGAAAAACAGAGGCAAGCCACAAGUGAAUCCUUUUGAAGUAAAAAUUAACAAAGUGAAGCAUACGGUGGUGAACAAGAAAGUUCAAAAAUGGGAAAAGGGCGCUCCAGGGGUGUCACGUUCGAAAGCAUUGAAGAAGCGGAAGGACACAUUGCUUAGAGAACUUCACCACAUGCGGAAAUCCAACACGCUUCUUGACAAACGGUUCGGAGAAAAUGAUUCGAAUCUCACUGCAGAUGAAAAAAUGGUGCAGAGAUUUGCCAUCGAGAGAAAGAAACAAUCACAGAAAGGUGAUUUCAGUCUAAAUGACGAUGAAGAAGUGUUGACGCAUUAUGGACAGUCCUUGGCUGAGAAUCUCCAAGACACGAUAGGCAGUGAUUCAGAAGAGGAAACGGAUGAGUUUAGGACCAGUAAUCUGCAGUUUGGUGGUUUCUCAAAGAACAGUGAUGAAAUGUCAUGGAAAGAAAAAAUGAAUCAAGUGAUAGCAGACUCAAAGAGGCAAAAGUAUGAAAGACAGGCAGAAAAAGAAAAGGCGCUUGAAACCACUAAUGAGCUAGAUAGCAUUUGGAAAAGUGUUGUCACCAUUUUGAACCCUAUGAAAAAUGCACCACCUCCUAGAAAGAACCCGUCGCGUUUUAUGCAGCUUUUUCACAACUUGGUUAUGGAGCAGACGUCAGCUGGUGCUACUGACAAAACCAAGACAGAUGAAGAAAAGGCAAAGGAAGAGGCUGAGAAACUGCAAGUAUUGGAGGCACAAAGGCUGUCAAGGAUGAAAGGAUCUUAUGGGUCUGAAAAAGCCAUGCCCGACCAUGUCUCUGCAGAUGAUUUGAACGAUGGUUUUGCUCUAGACAAACCUAAGUCAAAAGUGAAGUUUGCUGAUGAGGUUGGAUCUGAUUCUGAAGGAGCUCCUGAUGGGUCAGAUGAUGAUGAUGAUGAAGAUAACGAAGAAGAUCAUGAUAACAGCAGUGGUGAUGAUGAAGAAAAUGGGGACGACGACGAUGAUGAUGAAGGAGAAGAAUCUGAUAAAUACUCAGAUUUAGCAUCUGAAGAUGGAACUGAUGAGGAUGAUGAAGAGGCCAAUGAAAAGAAUAAUGGGACCAGCAGUGACAAAUCUGCAAGGUCUAUCCUAAAAAAAACCCAGGGCUUGGCUGAAAUUGGACAAAGUGGGAAAAGUGAACUUCCUUUUAUUUUCUCUGCCCCUGGAAGCUUUGAGGAACUGGAAGCUUUGCUGCAUGGUCACAGUGGGGAGGAGCAAGCCAUUAUCAUAUCAAGAUUACGCAAAUGUCAUCAUCCAAGCUUGGCUGAGGGAAAUAAAGAAAAGCUCGAGAAUAUCCACCUGUACUUGCUACAGUACUUUGGGAAAUUGGCCACGCAGCAGCCUGUGGACAAGAAGCUCAUUCACGGUUUGACAGGAAACUUGUGGGAGUUGUCUCAGACGUACAAAGUGACCACAGCCAAUGCACUUCAGAAAUACAUAGUGCAAAGGCAGUCAGAACACGCUGCCUUUGUCCAGAAGAAGGGAGGGAGAGGCAGUUUUCCUAAACUUGAAACGUUGGUGCAUCUUGUUCUGAUUGAGAAUUUGUUCCCCGCGUCAGACUUCAGGCAUCCAGUCACAACUCCAGCUUUGCAUUUCAUUACACAAAUGUUGACUGAGUGCACCCCAAAAUCUUGCUCAGAUGUUGUUGUUGGCGUGUUCCUCUGCUCACUUGCCUUGAAGUUUGUGAGUCUGUCGAAAAGGUAUCUUCCUGAGGUUGUCACUUUUCUUCAGGGAUUGAUAUUCUCUGCUUUGCCUGCAAAGAGUACUAAAGGUGUGAGAUUAUUUCCCCCUUUCAAGAAGACAAGUAAGGCACUGGGACUGCUUUCACCAGAGGAGCCAUGUGAAACUCUCCAGGGACAGUGGUCUUUGUCUGAAAUGUUGUCUAAGGAGAAUACAGAGCUUGAGAACAGUCAAUUCAAAUGUGAUGCUGUGAGUAACGUGACUGAUCUGAUGGGCAAGUGUGUGGACUUGUGGGAGGAACUGCCUUCUAUUGAGCUGAUUUUGAAACCCUGGCUGGCACCGCUGGGAUCUCUGCCCUUAGACUUUUACCCUGCUCAGUUGAAGAUGAAGGUCAGCUCUUUGUUAGACAGGCUGAGGAAUGUCAAACAGAUUUUGAAGGUUAUGCAACAACCAUCGAAGAAACCUGUGCCCCUGAAGCUGUUUGAACCAAAAAUUGAAGAAUUCUGGUCAGGAAAAAGAAAGAAAGGAGGGCCCAAUAGGGAUGUCAAUGAACGACAGAGGCUGACUCACAAGGUCAAGAGGGAGAUGAAGGCUGCUGUCAGGGAGAUCAAAAGAGACAAUGAAGUGCUGGCCAAACAUCAGUUGGACACAAUCAUGAAAAAGGAUGCGGAUAGAAAGAGAAAGAUGAAGGAGCUGAUGCACAGCCUGGCAUCACAAGAAGGAGACUACAAAGCUAUCAAGAAGGCCAAAAAAUGAAAUAGCACUGUCUUGUAGUUUGUCCUGAUUUUGUGUACAAGUGCUGUUAGGGAACAUGGUGGGUUUUUUUUCCUGUUAAUGUUUAUGGGCUCUGGUUGCUGAACUGGAGCAAUAGCAAAGAUUUCAUAGUCAUUCUUUGUUUGAUUCAGUUCGCUGGGAAGGCAGGAGGUGGUUAAGAGAAUGUUUUUGUUUCUUUUCAUAUAUAUAAUAUAAUAUCGCAGGGUUGCGUCACAGCAAUUUUGAUAAAACUUUACAGGAAGAACAAAAAACCAGAUUUUUCACCACAAUAUUAUCAGCAAAAUCUGGGAUUUCAUUGCAUGAAAUGAGUAGUUUCAUAAAAUAAUAAAACGACACCGUGGUUUUUACAGAGCAUGUGCCCCUUCCCGGUGCCUGGGAAUAUGUAUGAAAAGUGAUCUUCACUUAAACCCCAAGUUACAAUGCUUUAUCUGCUACCCCACAAUUCUUUUCUUUUCUAAAUAGCUAAAUGUGUGUAUUUUCUAGCGAUUGUUUUAUUGAUGAAAGUUUUCUGCCAUGAUCUGCAUAUGUGGACAAUUUUUGUUAUCUGCUAGUAAACAAUUCAUAAAGAAAAU